CCGGGUUCAGUCUCCAGGGGGCGGUCGUGCGACGAUCUGCCGCGAAACGUCAGCGAAGAAGGAGGCGGCAGUGGUGGGUUCUGUCGUGGAAGGGGCGGCACCAGACCAGUCCGACCGCAGUCAGCCAGUCGUUGAGAGGCGAGUCGGUGGCGGAGCUGACCGGGAGCAUCCUCGACGUCGCUGCGGUCGCCUCUGCACGCUUGGAUGCGCUUCUUCCGCAGGCCGGUCCGGCUGAUGGAAACAGAGUCCCGUGAAAAUGUGCGCGAAUGUGUUCGGCGUGCUGAAGAGCCUCUUUGGGAAGCCUUUUGAUGGUGGAAAAAGGAUGGACCAUGGCGGUCCACAGGACCAGCCGCAGCAUCCAACGGAGCACCAGCAGCCUUACCAUCCGCAGCACCCCGCUAUGAUGAGACUGUACGAGGUCCAAAAAGAGGUUUCGACUUUGGGGCCGCAGGUCUGCACCUUCAGCGGCCUGCAGAACGACCGAGAGUACAAGCGUAUGGAACGCGAGCUGACUCAGCUGCUGCUGCAGGUGGACCAGGUAGACACCGAGGGCAAGCUGGAGCUGCAAGGAGCACGCAAGAGAGCUGCACAAGAGGUGGAGGGCCUCCUGCGAUACCUGGAGGAGAACGCCUCCCACCCGUCCCGCCUGGCCAUCGAAGAGCUGAGCAACGCUGCACGGCAGCUGCUGGAUGAGCGGGUGGUGGCGCCGCAACGAGCCGGUGGGGUGGCGGAGAUAAACGACGAGCUGGUGGAUGCCCUUCAGGAGAUCAUUCUAAGGCUGACUCAGAUCAAGACUGAAGGGAGGGUGCCGCUUCGUAAGGCGCGCUACCGAGCGCUCACGCGACUCUGCGCUGUGCAGGAAGUGCUGGAAGGCCGUACGCCGCAGCAGACCCUCUCUUUGCCCCUGUCAGGGGAGACCCACGAAGCCGUGAACUGCAUCAACCAGGUCAUGGUGAAGGUGAGCAUGGCUCGCAGCCAGCUCUUGGCUUUGCUGAUGGGGCUGAGCGGCAGGGACAGCUGCGCGCAUCUGUCUCGCAUCCUCACGGAAAUGCAGGUGGAGCUGGACGCCCUGGACGUCUCUGGGAAUGCAGCGAUCCGAAAUUACAGGAAGCAGGUUGUGGAGGAAAUAAACGGGCUCCUAAAACACCUGGACCUGGAGGGCGAGGGGGAUGACACCCGCAGGUACGACCUGGCGCAGAACAACUCCAUCCGUGAAAUCGAGGCCGUGCGAGCGCACGUCUCCCACCUGCGAGAAGGCGUGCUGCGACACUGCGUGACGGGCGACCUCCGAUGCAAGGCCGAACUGCAGAGCCUUCUCACGCACCUGGACCAGGUGGACACAGCCAAGAACCCGUGCAUCAGAGAGGCCCGCCGCCGCGCCGUGGUGGAGGUCCAGGCUGUCAUCACCUUCCUGGACCUGCGCGAGGCCCUUGCCCGCCGCCAGCCGGGCCCCGAGGAGCACCCGUCGCACCGGGCCGUGUGGCUGGUCCUGGGGAGCCUGUCGGACCUCCAGGCCCAGGUGCUGGGCUUUGAUGGCAAGCGGGCCGACAAGAGCUACAUGAUCCUGGAGGAACUGCUGACCAAACAGCUGCUGGCGCUGGACGCCGUGGAUCCGCAGGGCGACGAGUCGACCAAGGCGGCGAGAAAGCAGGCGGUGAAGUUCGCCCAGAACAUUCUCAACUACCUGGACAUGAAGACGGACGAGUGGGAGUAUUGAUGAACUGCAGACCACGCAGGGCGGGGGAGCGAGUACUGACAGAAAGCGGGCCGUCGUCAUUCCGUCAGCUGUAAAUAUCGCCUACAAUGACCAGAAUCCACUGCAGCAGAGCUCUCUUUGUUUUUUUUUUUAUGUCUUUGUGGUAGUAAAGGCCAGCCCGUGAGAAAAUCACUGAACUCCUUUUGUGAAACACAUUUUGACACGUGUUUUUAUGUGUGCUGGACAGCAGUUUUCCAAGUGUGUGCGAGUUGCUUUCAGCCGUGGCCGUGUUUGCCGUGUGGUGAUAGAAGUCCGCAGCCGGAGCGCUAAACGACGCCCGUCCUCCUCUCCUCCAGACUGCACUUCAUGUUGCUGAAGGGUUCAGUGUGAGUGAUUGUAAAGCCGUGGCCUGAUUAACCUGACCGUCCGUCCGUAAUACACUACUACCCUGAGGCGCUGCUUAUUCUCCACACACACACAAAAAAAGAAAACAGACCUAUAGCUUUAAUUUUACUUCAUUUUCUACUCAUCAGGGUCUGAUCGGCCGAUUUUAAGCUAAAGGGAGUGUGGGGGAGAAUUUUGUGGCCCGUUUCUGAUCUCUGACUUUUGUAAAGCAUUGACCUGCCGACACAGAUCUAGACCGACUCUGAUUUCUGCCCAUGGGCUGUAACCCAGGAGGAUCUAAUUGAAGCAUUGAAAAUAAUUUCUGCCUGACAGCAAGAAGGCCAGAGAAAUGAAGUAUCAGGAGCUGAACGCCACGCCACACCGAAUGUAUCUAAGAGAGCCGCUGAUGUAAAAUAUGGUUUUAAUCCUUUAAAGCAAAGACCCGCUUAUCAACUAUAAGAUGUUUCUUAUUUUGCCGAUUAGCAUGACUAGCAUUGCUGAAGCAGUGACCUUUGUGUGGAUUCUCUGGAAAGUAAAUAGGAAAUGUCAAACGGCUGUCAGCCUUAAUGACAGCUUCUUAGAUCUCCGUGGUUUUAUCACCUAUUUUUUUUUAAAGCCUCACCAGUACAUAAAGUUUCUAACUUUGAGACUUCUUCAUUCAGUCAUAAUUUCCACACCGAAGAAUACGUAUCAGUCCUGGUGGGUGUUUAGUUGCCAGCGAGUUGGUCAGCAUCCUCUCAAUGACUCUCCAGUAUUCGGCCUAGGCCUAAAGUAGCACCCCCUGAAAAUGGACUAAUAACUGACAAAGAAAAAAAUCAGUUUUAAAUUCUGAUUAGGAAGGCGUGGCUGAAUGUUUGUUUUUUAGCAGAUAGGAUGGAAGAGAGGGAGCGGGACGAGCUCUCAGCGUUUGCUGCAUGUGUAGCUCCUUGUCUGUUUUCAGAUGUUUGUCCCGUGUUACGAUCACACGAUGCUAAAAAUAGAUCGGAUGUGAAUUCUUUUAAGGGAGGUUCAGGAGAUGCGAGGUGAUAUUUAGGCGAUGCUGCUUCUAAGGCUUUUUCUUCCGUCCGCCUGUUUCUAUCCCCUGCUUCCUGUUGGCGGAGGAGUGUGACUGAAGCCUUUUGUGAAAUCGGGCAGGAAGAGGCAGGGGUAUCCAGAGGACUGGCAUAUCAGGGCUGGUGGGUCUGACAGGGGGGGGGGGGUCCUGUGCAGCGAAGGGCUGAUGGAGAUCACAGUCGACAGAUCCUUCCAGAAACCUCUCUGAGCUGCUGCUCCUGGAGAGGGAGGGACUGAUGGAGGGAGGGAGGCAGAAGACUGGGAGAGAAGUCUGAAUCUCUGUGCCUUUUUACUUUUCAGCCUUUUACCCAUCCGUUUUUUGGUGAGACAGUGUUUUUGCGCAACAAAAAUAGAAAGCGUCAUUUAUGAUAUGCAUGGAUGCACUAGAGCAGGACACCAAGUACUGAAUGUGUUUUAUGGAGGGGGGCGCCUCGGCCUGCGAUCACAGGUCAGGCGCUUGUUGUUUUAAAAUGCGCAUUUAUUUCCCGACAAAGUUCCAGCCGCUCAUUUAUCACUAAGUCAGACUGACAACAUUUUAAUCAGGACACGAGAUGAUUCACGUUCUCAGUCUGGAAACAGCAUCAGCUGUUGCUCCACAAUCUACAGACAAAAGUUUUUCUCCCUCACAGCCGACCCCGAUAAACAAAUAUACCCCAGUUAGGAGGUUUGCUCUAGUGAUCAGCCGAUAAGCCUAAAAUAGGAGUGUUGUCUUGUAAAAACGUUCAUACCUCUUGAUUUUUUUUUUCUCAUUGCCACUACAAACCUGAAUGUGUGUUAUAGGGGUCUUCUGACACAGAGCAACACAAUAGAGCCUCAUUCUAAGACUUCUGAAGUGGAAAGAAAAAGAACCUUGGUGACCAUUUGAAAAGCGUGCUACACAUUUGGAUUUAAUGCCCUUUACUCUGACACCCCUAAAUGAAAUCCAGUACACAGCUUGGGUGGGAUGAUAUCACAACAGGAUGCCGUUAGUUUUGUGUUUUUUCCAGAACUGGCCUUUUUGGCAGAGUGGUGGGGCUCAUCGCCAUGGAAACACCAUCCUCAUGACGAAACAUGUUGGUGGAGGCAUCAUUCUGUGGGGUUGUUGUGGGCUGUUAGUUUACAAAAGGACUGUUCAGAGCCUAUUCAAUUUUAGUUUAGAUUCAAAAAUACCAAAGGAGAAUUAUAUUAUUACAUUUGAUUUUAUUCUAUAUUAAUCAUUAUUAAUUAGAUGAGAAGAUUGAGCUAGAUUGACCCAGGAAGAUAACCUUUCUAAAGGCUAUAGGACUUGAGACUGAGGUGGUUGUUCACCUUCCAGCACAGCGGCCCUAAACACUGUCAGAGCUGUAACGCAAUGGUCUUAGAAUGGCCUAGUCAAAGUCCAGCAUGAAAUACAGUAGCAAAAUUGUGGCAGCACUUGAAAGUUGCUGCUCAUAGACGUUCUCCCUCCAACACUUCUUCUCAAAAAUGUCCAAGGCUGGCGGAGAGCUACCCCAAAAAACCUGCAGCUUCAAAUCCAGCUGAAGGUGCUUCUCCUUCCCUGCCACAGUUACACACCACUAUGUGUUGGUGCGUCACAGAGAAUCCCAGGGAGGUGCUGAGGUUUGUGGUUGCAGUGGGACAAAAUGCGAAAGGUAUGAAAACAUUUACAAACCACUGUUUCAAGUUAUCCUAUAACUUCAUCAUCUUAAUUUAUAUAUAAUGUCUACGCUGCCUAAAUGUAAGUUUUUUUUUUUUUUUAUAUAAAACUCUUCCGUUUACAGCUACACCUCCUGCAUGGUUCACUGAACCGUCUGGAGGUGCAGUGGAAUCUGCUUUUCAAAAGGCAGCGUAGCUUCUGGAAACACAUCAUCAGCUCAGAUUGUCUGGUUAAUUAGACGUUUGUGCAGGUUUUUAGAAAACCUGCUGUUUUUGUGCUUGGGACUCACUGUGAUGGGAUGUGGCUUCAAAAAGUAAAACAAAACUCUCCACCCUGGGCUUCAAACAUGUAACAUCCAGCAUCGAUGGUGUUGGCUUUCUUUAUUUAUUUUGCUUAAAACGUUGUGUCUGGGCAGCUAUUAUAGUCUCCUCACAAGGGUGUUGGCUGAAGUACAGCAUAAAGUGUAUUUAAAAUGUUUGCUCUCCUCUUAAAAAUCAGUUUAUGUGACAUCAGUCCAACGUGGCAUUUUGAAAUUCCCAGCUCCUUAAUGUUACGUUAUUGCACUGAAACAUCUGUUUUAGAGAAACGUAUAUAAGUUAGAAAAGGUCCCAUAAUCUGGUUGCAUAAGCCUAAACUUCUGCUUUGCUGAAGGACCUUCUGGAUGCCAUGUUCACCAUCCAGUGUUCCUGUCAUCAGUUGUUGUUUAGCUAAAUAAAUAGUUUUCAGAUGGGUUACAAUGAAUCACAGGAUUUUACCAAGCAACUCAGUCAGUCAUAGGAAAAAUACCAAAUAAAUCAGCAACUCUAUUUACUCUGCUAUAGCGAAGCUGGUCAUCAAGAGUUAAAGAAAAGUAGAUAUUAGAUUAAAAAAUGGGAAUCUAAAUUGGAUUGAAAGGAAUUGUCUGUACUGGCCGUGUUCUACGUGCGGCUAAAAGCUUUUUUUUCCCAAAGACAACAUCCAGGCCUGGUUAAAAUCCUCCAGCGCUUCGUAGGAGAAUGUUUUAGGAUUUGAUGAAGCCAAACUUGAUUUUCCGGCCCCAGGUUCCAUCAGGGAUGUUUAGCUGAAAAAAUGCCACGUGCGUCCCGACAAGAUGCCCAGACCCUUUAACAUACCUGCUCUUUAAUUGAACUCUGCAGGAAGUGUUCAAUUAAAGGGAGAAAGUAUUGAAAUAAUUUUUUUUUUCAUGUUUUGUUACAAAAAGGCACUUUAAAACUGGGUUUCCAACCUUUUGUAGAUCAGUUGUAUCUUCAUAGUCAAUGCAAGUGAUUGUUCCAUUUAGCCACUGGUUUUCCUGUUUAGUCAUGUAUUUAUGCAUUUUCACAUUAAUUUAUCUUUUUAUUUCUCUCAGAUUCCUUAGUUAUUCCUCUUUGUGGCACUCCUGUUAUUUUCUAAAUAUGCAGCUUCCCAUCUUUGCAGCCUUUCUCUUGCUACAGUUUGAUUUCUGUACCAACCUAGACUAGAUUGUUAAUGGAUCUUUUGA